AAUGGCCAAAUGGCAAACGCUAAGGCGAGAGUGGCGAUAAAACGGGAGGAAGAAGAAAGCGGUCGGGGAGAGAAACAAUAAUGGCGAGAACUUGGAGGACCCGCCAUGGCCAACGAGUUUUGAGUUUUUUGUUUAAAGCAUAAGCACACUACAUUCUUCGGCCUCUCACAGUCCUUCACCUCCGUUCAACACCAAACAAAGUCACCCAAAUAAGUAAACAGGGCGGCUCUCUCUCUCUCUCUCUCUUGCUCUCCCUUUUCAAAAAGCGAACCAGCUACUUUUUCCAUUCUCUCUCUCUCUCUAGAGCUUAAUUAAUGUUAUUCCGUUUUUCUGAGGAGCUACCGCGUAUCUGAUCCGAGAAUCGGAGACCAGAAAAUCCCCCCCACUUGUUUGAUUUCUUGACGCAGUUUUUUUCAGUCGUCUAGUAGCCGCCUUGAAAAUGACAAGGAUAAGCCGUACUUAUAGUGACACAAUGCAAAGAGAGGGUGUCUCAGCUGUAUCAGCUGAUGUGAUAUUUGCUUCUAGUCGGUUUCCAAAUUACAAGAUUGGAGCUAACAAUCAGAUUGUGGAGGCUAAAGAUGAUCCCAAAGUAAUAUCAAUGAAGGAGGUAAUCGCUCGUGAGACUGCCCAGCUGUUGGAACAGCAGAAACGCCUCUCAGUUCGAGAUUUGGCCAGUAAAUUUGAGAGGGGUUUGGCUGCUGCUGCUAAGUUGUCAGAAGAGGCUAGACUAAGAGAGGCAGCUUCACUGGAAAAACAUGUUCUAUUGAAGAAGCUUAGGGAUGCAUUGGAAGCAUUAAGAGGACGUGUUGCUGGAAGGAACAAGGAUGAUGUAGAGGAAGCAAUUGCAAUGGUGGAGGCCUUAGCAGUUCAACUUACUCAGCGGGAAGGGGAAUUAAUACAAGAAAAGGCUGAAGUGAAGAAGCUAGCUAAUUUUCUCAAGCAGGCAUCAGAAGAUGCUAAGAAACUUGUCGAUGAGGAAAGAGCUUUUGCACGUGCAGAAAUUGAAAAUGCAAGAGAAGCAGUUCAGAGAGUGGAAGAAGCUCUUCAAGAACAUGAACGAAUGUCUCGGGCAGCUGGGAAGCAGGACCUGGAAGAACUAAUGAAGGAGGUUCAAGAGGCUAGAAGGAUCAAAAUGCUCCACCAACCAAGCAAGGUUAUGGACAUGGAACAUGAGCUUCAGGCAUUGAGACUGCAACUUGCCGAGAAGUCGAAGUAUUCUAUACUACUUCAAAAAGAACUUGCAAUAAGCAAGAAGGCAAUGGGAGACAGCUCCAGCCUUUAUGAGAUAGAUGGCACCGAAUCCUUGGGUUCUUAUCUCCAUAUCCAACCUUGCUGUGAUAUUGCUCCAGACCUUUCAAAAUGCUCUAUUCAUUGGUACCGCAUAGCAUCUGAAGGUGGCAAGAAAGAACUUAUUUCAGGAGCUACAAAAUCAGUUUAUGCUCCAGAGCCUUUUGAUGUUGGGAAAAUCUUGCAAGCUGAAAUUAGUUUAGAUGGCCAGAGUAUCACUUUGACAACCACUGGCCCUAUUGAUCCAGCUGCUGGUCUGGGAAGCUAUGUUGAAGCACUGGUGCGGAAGCACGACGUUGAAUUUAAUGUAGUUCUUACCCAGGCGAAUGGAGUAAAUCAUCCAUCGGAGUUGAUACAUGUGCUCCAUGUUGGAAAAAUGCGGAUAAAGCUCUGCAAGGGAAAGAACACAAUAGCUAAAGAAUAUUAUUCUUCCUCAAUGCAGUUAUGUGGAGUUCGAGGAGGUGGCAACGCUGCAGCUCAAGCAUUGUUUUGGCAAGCCAAGAAAGAUCUUUCCUUCAUCUUAGCUUUUGAAUCUGAGAGAGACAGGAAUGCGGCCAUAAUGCUAGCCAGGAGGUUUGCCUUCGAUUGCAAUAUCAUUCUUGCUGGACCCGACGACCGAGCUCCAUCAGGAAACUGAUGAACCUUUGUAGAUCUCCCCUAAAUGUAAAUUAUCCUUAGCUCCCUUUAUUCACCAUUUAAUAGUUGAAUAUGGCAUUAUGAACUGUUAUAUUGGGUUCCCUAUUUGUUUGUGGUGCUUCUGUUUUCUCCACACCUUUUUUUCCUUCCUAACAUUAAGGCAUAUUUUUUUUUACUGUUUGCCUUUUUGGUUCAGAGUCCUAACAAAGCUGUCCCCUUUAUGAUUGAAUUUGUGGUUGUGUUUCAUCCAACCAAUAGAUGUAAAAUGGAAUCUUCUGAGUA